AUGAUGGAUCCCAGAUCUCAUCCAUCCCGUCCCCCAUCCACCAGCUUACCCCAAGGCUCCACGCCCCUCUCCUCGACACCCAUCUCGAGUAUGCCAAUGCCCCAGUACACCAUGCAGCCGCAGUACCCGGUGUCGCAGUCGCAUACUCUGCCCCCGUUGCAGCCUCACCACAGUCAAUCCCCUGCCCCUCAUUCAUACAUGGGCCAGCCGCCGUACAGGCCGGAUCUGUCGAGGUUUCCCACUACGACCCAUGAUGUCUACGCUUCCUCCACGGCCCCCAUCAUGCCUCAUAACACCGUUGGCAGCUUGCCUCCGGCGUCGUUCCUCUCCCACCCCAACUCGCAGGCUCAGUCCUCGCAGCAGCACUACCCGCCUCCCCACAGCGUGUUGCCGCCUGCGUCGAGUGCCCAAACCUACCCCCAGCCGAUCGCCCCCGCACCGCCGCGCGACCGUCGCCCGGAUUUCUCCGGCAUGCCGUCCGGCGCGUUUAGCUACUCGGACGGUAAGGGGUCGCCGUGGAUGAAUCCGGAUCCGGUGACCGGGGCGAACGGCGCGUCGCCAUACGGGGCCAAGGAAUCGCCUCGCACGCAGGUGGUUGGGUCGCAGGGCCGUCGUGGUAUCCUGCCGAGUGUUCCGGGACGCGCCACUCCCGUCACGAACGGCGUGAAUGGGACCGCAAAGAGCACGACCAUUCCUGCCAAGGAUGCGGACGGCAAAUUCCCGUGCCCGCACUGCAACAAGACUUAUCUUCACGCGAAGCAUCUUAAGCGCCAUCUACUGCGGCAUACCGGAGAUCGCCCGUACAUGUGUGUGCUGUGCAAGGAUACUUUCUCCCGGAGUGAUAUCCUGAAGCGCCACUUUCAGAAGUGCUCGCUGCGCCGCGGGAACCCCACCGGGGCGACCCACUUGUCGCAUCCCCAAGCACACCUGAAGAGAUCUCAAGCUGCAAACGCCGCCAAGCCGAUUCAGGAUGAAGUCAGCAGUUCCAUCCCUCCUCCCAGCGGCCUUCCUGGCGCGACCUUCGGCGAGGGGCCCGUGAACGGAGCUGGUCUGGCGCCCGGUCGCCCUGGGUACGCGGAUCAGCCCCCCAUGGGUUUCUCGAUGUCGUCGGUCAACGGAAUGAGCCGCGGUCACCCGGACGAUGGGUACAACGCAGGGCGGCCGGGAGGUCCGUGGUUGGCGGCUCCGAAGCACAACCCGUACCUCGUGCAGCCUGGCCCUGACGUGUCCGGUCAGCCCUUGAGUGUUGACCGUCCCUCCCUUGAACAGGUAAAGCCCCCGGUCAUGGAUCCCAAACGCCCUGUCAUGCCAGGGCCCACUCCCAAUCAUACCGGCGAAAUUGACUGGACUUCGAUGUUUCAGCCCGGAACCCACGACGGCUACAUGAAUCCCGUCUUCCCCCACUCCAUGGCAGCUGGCCACGAGCCUAUCCAUGCUCCCGUCGACGCGGACCGGAAGUACUAUCCUACCACCUCUGCCGGGCCCCAGGAGGGCGGCAUGAACGGUCUUUACUUGGCCUCGACUAUGGGCGGUGACGGUAUGUAA